AAAAGUCAAAACUGAAUGAGAGGAAUAUGAAGCUGCUAGCUACUUUAGCUCUCUGCCUUUGCUUUAGUAUUGGACCUGUUCUUUGUGGCAAUGAGUUUAAUUGUUCUCCACUCCCUCCCCUGGCUCAUCCAGCUCAGUCAGUUCAAGAGCUGAGGCCUCAAGACAUUAAAGUGGUCAUGGCUUUUGGUGACAGCAUUACAGCAGGUUUUGCAGCAAUGGGCUUUAACAUAAAUUUAUAUAAAGACCUGCUUGAAUACAGAGGUAUUUCAUUUUCAAUAGGCGGUGACCCAAAUUCCACUACAAUACCAUCUUUCUUAAAACACUAUAAUCCAGACCUUAUUGGGGCUAGCUUAGGAUCUCAUGUCGGUGAAUUUUGCUCUGGAAGGACAUGUUUCCCCAAGUAUUAUGUACCAAAACAAGAUGUUUUUAAUGCUGCUCAAACCGGAGCCCCAGCAGUUGUCCUCAAAGGGGUCCAACUUCCAUAUCUGCUCGAUCAACUCAGAAAUAAUCCUUCUGUUGAUAUGAAGCAGGACUGGAAGCUGCUGACAAUUCUAAUAGGUUACAAUGACUUGUGUGAUAAAUGUUCUGGAAUAAAUAUAACCAUUGAGCAACUUGAGUCGGAUUUACGUGGAAUUAUGGAAGAGAUACGUUCAGAUAUUCCACGAGUGUUCAUUAACUUGGUGGAGCUAUUCAAUAUAUCACUGGUAUAUCAGAAAAACAAACACAAAGACUAUUGCCUGAAUAUUCAUAAAUUAUUUCAUAUGGACUGUCAGUGUUUGUGGACAGGGACUGAUGAGGAUCGGCAAAUGAUGGAUGACUAUGCUAUGAAAUUCAAUGAUGUGAUGAGAAAGAUUGCUAAAGAAUAUCAUACCAAGAAUUACACAGACUUUGCUGUUGUAAGUCAACCUGCUCUUUCAAAUACUGAAUUAGACCAUAUCCCUGAUGACUUCUUUUCAAAUUUGGACUGUUUUCAUCCUUCUUUAAAAGCCCACCAAGCAUUUGCAAAAGCUUUAUGGAACAAUAUGUUAACUCCAUCAAUGAAUAAAUCGACUGGUUUUGAUCCCAAUGCUCCUUUUGUUUGCCCUACUAAAGAAACACUGCUUUAUACAUAUUAAUGUACACAACUGUAACUGUUGCCUUAUUUUAGAUCCUUAUUGUCUUGCUUUGAAUAAAAAUUUUGAUAUCGUUAGUAUUUAUAAUCACACAAAAAUAA